CAGAAAAGGUAACACAAAGUUAAAGAGGCGGAAAAGGUGUGGUGCCUUCGUGUCCUUAGUGACCUCUCAACUUAUAAAUUCACUCCUCCCCUCUUUCUUCUUUCCCUGUCUCACACCUUCACUUCCCUCUCAAUUCCCUUCCCUUUUUUUCCACUCUCUAACACAGAGAGAAAAACUUCAUUUCUCACUUGUAAUUUCCUCUGUUCAUCAAUUCCUCUGUUUCUUUAACUAUCAUUUGUGUGCCAAAAAUGACUAACCAAAAUGUCAUUAUGUCUGACCCAAGAUCAGGCUUCGACUCUUCACUCUUAUCAUUCUCACCAGCUGUUCCAGGGCCACUACCCCAGCCCGGGCGAUUCAUCGCUGUUCCAGCGAAGAAAUCAUUCAAGAACAUUGAUUCUGCUGAUGCAGCAAGAAUCACUGCUUUACUUGAUUCCAUGAGAGCUUCUUCACCAACGCGAAGAUCUUCUGAAACUCAUGAAAAUCUCAAGUCUUGGAUUGUUCGUCACCCUUCAGCUUUGGAUAUGUUCGAUGAAAUCAUAGCUCUUUCGAAAGGAAAACAAAUAGUAGUGUUUUUGGACUAUGAUGGUACAUUGUCUCCUAUUGUUGACGACCCUGAAAAAGCCUUCAUGACUACUGAGAUGAGGGAAGCAGUGAGAGAUACUGCUAAGUAUUUUCCAACAGCUAUAGUAAGUGGACGAUGCAGAGCCAAAGUGUUCAAUUUCGUAAAAUUAUCAGAAUUAUAUUACGCUGGAAGUCAUGGAAUGGAUAUCAAGGCGCCUGUAAAACGGCGUAACUAUAAAAAAGGAAGUAAUCAAAGUGUUCUCUGCCAACCUGCUAAAGAUUUUUUACCCAUGAUUGCUGAGGUAUAUAAAUCUUUAGUGGAGAAAACAAAAUCUAUACCUGGAGCUAAAGUGGAAAACAACAAAUUUUGUUUGUCAGUACAUUUUCGUCGUGUUGAAGAAAAGAGAUGGACUGAACUAGCUGAGCAAGUGAAAUCAGUGACAAAAGAGUACCCAAAGCUUCGAUUAACUCAAGGAAGAAAGGUUUUGGAGAUUCGUCCCAGCAUUAAAUGGAACAAGGGAAAUGCACUAGAAUUUUUGUUGGAAUCAUUAGGUUAUGCUAAUUCAAAUGAUGUUUUGCCCAUAUACAUUGGUGAUGAUCGAACUGAUGAAGAUGCUUUUAAGGUUUUGUGUGAUAGAGGACAAGGCUUUGGAAUAUUAGUGUCUAAAACACCUAAAGAAACCAAUGCUUCCUAUUCUUUGCAAGAGCCAUUAGAGGUUAUGUACUUUUUGAAUCGUUUGGUAGAAUGGAAAAGAUUGUCCUCACAACAAAGAUAUCAGAGGAAAUAAAAACCCAAAUCAAAUGAAGACUAGUUAAUUAACAUUUGAAUUGACCCUUUUAACCCUGGAAGUUUUAUUGGGGAUGGGGUAAACUAAAAGAGCUUAAUUUGUUUGUACCUCUUUCUGCUUGGAAAAAUCAACUGUAAUUGGGAAAAAAAUUGGAGAAAUUUUGUAAUUUUCUAAGUAUAAAUUUUCAAUAAGAAAGUAUCAUUGUGCA